UGUAUUGCAACGUGUGACCACUUGGUGGCAGCAAAGCAACGUGAAGGAGAAAAAGGAACAGGCGGGGCCAAAUGAAGCUUCGGUCACUUGAGCUAAGAUGGCGGACGUAGAGGCAUCCCUGAAGAAGAAGAAGAAAAGGUCGAAACAAGAUGAUGUGGGGGAAAUUCAGCAGAGCGGAGAUUUCUUCAUCCAACCAGAAAGCAAAGUUCCCACCUUAGACACAUCUCAGUGGCCCCUCCUCUUGAAGAACUUUGACAAGCUGAACGUGCGCACGUGUCACUACACGCCGCUUCUCAACGGCAGCAACCCCCUGAAGAGGAACAUCCAAGACUAUGUCAGGUCCGGCUUCAUCAACCUGGACAAGCCCUCCAACCCGUCCUCCCACGAGGUGGUGGCAUGGGUCCGGCGGAUCCUUCGCGUGGAGAAGACUGGUCACAGCGGGACGCUGGACCCCAAAGUCACUGGCUGUCUGAUCGUGUGCGUGGACCGGGCCACGCGGUUGGUCAAAUCCCAGCAGAGCGCAGGGAAGGAGUACGUGGGAAUCGUUCGGCUGCACAACGCUAUCGAGAGCGAGCAGACGCUGGCGAGGGGACUGGAGACGCUGACUGGCGCCUUGUUCCAGCGGCCGCCGCUCAUCGCCGCCGUCAAGCGGCAGCUGAGAGUGCGGACCAUCUAUGAGAGCAAGCUGGUGGAGUACGACCCGGACAGGAGACUCGGCAUCUUCUGGGUCAGCUGCGAGGCGGGAACCUACAUCAGGACCCUGUGUGUCCACCUGGGCCUCCUCUUGGGGGUCGGCGGUCAGAUGCAGGAGCUCAGGAGAGUCCGCUCGGGGGUCCUGGGGGAGAAGGACAACCUGGUGACCAUGCACGACUUGCUGGACGCCCAGUGGCAGUUUGACCACAACAAGGACGAGACAUAUCUCAGGAGGGUCGUUUUUCCCCUGGAGAAGCUGCUGGUGUCGUACAAGCGUUUGGUGAUGAAGGACAGCGCCGUCAACGCCAUUUGUUACGGCGCCAAGAUCAUGCUGCCUGGCCUCCUCCGCUACGAGGACGGCAUCGAGGUCAACCAGGACAUUGUGGUCAUCACCACCAAGGGUGAAGCUAUCUGUACAGCUGUGGCGCUCAUGACCACGGCCGUCAUCUCCACGUGCGACCACGGCGUGGUGGCCAAGAUCAAGAGGGUCAUCAUGGAGCGAGACACCUACCCCAGGAAGUGGGGGCUGGGACCUAAGGCGAGUCAGAAGAAGAUGAUGAUCCAGAAAGGACUUCUGGACAAACAUGGCAAACCUAACGGCAGCACACCUGACCAGUGGAAGAGUGGCUACGUGGACUACAGCAGCAGCGGUGCCUCCAAAGGGGCGGAGCCAUGCGCCACACCCGCCAAGAGGAAGCGAGACGAGGCGGACACAGAUGCCACGCCGUCUUCCCAGCACAAAGACAAGAAGAAGAAGAAGAAGAAACAGGAGGACCCUAAGGAGGCGGUGCCAGAGGAUGCGGGGGCGGAGCCUGAGACAGAGCCCGAAAGUAGCAAGAAGAAGAAAAAGAAGAAGAAACCGAAAGAAGACUCUGACUGACCAGCCCUGCCCACUCCUCGCCUUGCUGCUAAGCAUUGUGGGAUGUGAAAAUUGUACAUUUAGUUUUUAUAAAUUUUAUGUUUUAUUUGUAAAUAAAAGUGUUCUUUUUUUCA